ACGACGUUCCACAUAUUAUCCACCAUAACAGUACAUGAUUUGUACAACUCAAUCACAAACAAAAGAGACAACAGACAAAAGUAGACAAACAACCAUAGAUUUGAAUUAAGUGAAUAUUAUUUCAGAAUGACAAAUCGUUUGAAGCUUUAUUGUGCCUGGUUUUGUCCCUUUGCCCAGCGGGCUUGGAUUGCUUUGCUGGAAAAGGGUAUCGAUUUUGAAUAUAUUGAAUACAACCCUUACAAAGAAAAAACAAAGGAGUUCCUUCAACUUAAUCCGAGAGGGCUUGUACCUGUGAUAGAAGCCAAUGGUAAAUCUGUAUACGAGUCUGAUGUAUGCAUAGAAUUUGUAGAUGAAUAUGGAGGAAAUCAAAAUAGACUUCUACCAACGGAUAUACUUGAUAGGGCAAAGAUGAGAAUUGUAAGUGGUUAUAUAUCUCGCGAGAUUACGCCUCUCUAUUACAGAAUGCUGCUAAAACAAGAUAAAAACAUUCAAGAGAGUGUCAAAUCAGAAUUGCUAAGUAACCUUAAAACUUUAAUGGAAUUUAAAUCAGAUUCAUAUCCUUUUUUCGGUGGCGAUAAAUUGGCAAUGCCAGAUAUAAUGCUAGCACCUUUCGCUAUGCGAUUUCCCGUACUUCAACAUCAUCGAGGUUUCCAAAUUCCUGAUACUAAAGAAUAUAAAGCCGUUCACAAAUGGAUAAACGCUUGCCAGAAUCAACCAUCGGUAAUGCAAUCAACAUGUGAUACCGACAAAUCUAUUAUGAUAUAUGCAUCCUAUGCUGAUGGAACGGCAGCUGUUAGGAGUAAACUUUGAAAUAGUUAAAGCUUGAUAUAUAAUGGAAACGUGUUUAAUAUUGAAAUGAUUGCUACUGACUUUAAAGUGACAGAUCAAGAAGCUUAACGCGUUAAAAUACUUUCUUUCCACAUUAUAUCGAAAUGUUGUUCUAUCUAAAACAUAUGCUGCAGUUUCAUCUUGUACGCAUUAACAAUAUAGUGUUCUUCUUCUGUUUAUACUACACCGUUAACACACCGUUAAUAUAUUAUUACUAUACCAUAGAUACAUGACAUCUCUUAAAUCAAAUACACAUAUUAUGAAAUUAUUGAUUUUUUUUUUACAAAAGUAAACAUAUUUAAAAUUAUUGAAAUUUUUACAAAACAAGUUGUUUUGAAAGAGAUGUAAUCAUUAGUAUACAUCAAUGAUGAGCAUCACAACAAUACAAUGAAACCAGUUAUCCACUGUUUGACCAUUUACAUCGAUAUCAACAGUUUGAGAUCUCCUUGCAGAUUGUUGCUCAUCAAACUAUUAACAGUUCCUGCUCAACCGGUAGCACCGGGCAACAGGAACUGCUUACACUUCCGGAGCACAUGAGUGCACCCCGUUAAGGUGGGGUUUGUGUUGCUCAAUCUUUAGUUUUCUAUGCAGUGUUUUGUGGACUCUGUCAUGUUCGUCUUUUCGUCAUAUUUCGUUUUUUGCUAUGGCGUUGACAUUUUCUUCGACUAAUGAGUUUUGAAUACCCGCUUCUUAUCUUCCAUCUUUUUUUUUAUAGUGAAUUUUGAAUAAAAAGGUGCUUUGAUACGUAAUGGCUAUCUUUGUGCGUUAAAUAAUGAAAAAUGUUGUGCGCAUGUUACAUAUUCGGUUUAAAUCUCGAAAUAAAAGUUUUAAAAACCAAAUACAAACUAUAUUUAUAAUACAUGUAAUCCAAAAGGGCGCAUUAUGUUAAGACAUUAAUUAGUCAGUUUAGAUACCAAUUUAUUGUUAAAGUCGUUUUCGUCCUGAACAUGCAUGAGAUAUUUCCACUGUAAAGUUACAAAACAAAAAGCAAUAUAUCAGAUAUCGGUAUGUUAUUUUUCCAUUUAUCUUAAAUUAUGAAUCCAAGGAGAUUUGGUAGAUUGAUAACAAGACAACUAUCCACCUGAGACCAAAGGACGAAGAUGCAAGCAAGUACAGGGCAUGCGCAUUGCACGAUCUUCAACACGGAACAAGACUCAUACCGUUUAGUAAGCUAAAAAAAAAACGCCCCAGCAUGACAAAUGUGAAACAAAUUAAAAGCAAAAGCCAAUUACAACUAACAAAUAACCCAUUUUUUUCCCAGACUAAAAUUUAAAUCAGUACACAUCCAACGGAUUAAGUGUUUAGACGUCAUAAACAAUCUG